AUGGGUGAUCCAGAUAAGAAAAUCUGCCGUUAUUUUAAUGCCGUUGGUGGUUGUUGGUAUGGAGAUAAUUGCAACUUUUUACACAUUCCGGAUAAAAGACCACCUUGCAAAUUUUUUUGGGAUAAAUCAUCUACAGGAUGUCGUUUUGGUGAAAACUGUCAUUUCUCACAUGACUGUGCGUCUUUAAAAGUAGUUGAACAGCCCAUUUGCAAAGUUCCUCUCCCUAAUGAGGUUCUUAAGGACAAUAAAGAGUCAGGAAAUACAUCAGGUCGGAAUAAUAAUAACAUGGCCAUAUCUUCUCGUCUAAUCAUCACCGAGCCUCCAAAGACGGCUGACAGCUCUAAGAGUAGCGGGGACACAUCUGCUGAGGUUGUUGCAAAUAGUGAAGAGAAAAUAAACAAUAAUACCGUGACUUCCGCUGAGGAGGCGGUGGCAGAUCUUUGUCCACAUGACAAAGAUCUGAUGCCAAAAUUGAUGGAACUUUCUGAAUUCCCUUCUGACUCCAAUUUCCAACAAGAGCAACUCACUUUGGACUCACAAAUAAUGUGUGGCACCUGUAAACAAAUACUGGAGAGAAGAGGCAACGAGAGCUACUGCAACCUACUGAAGGACCACUAUCUCGAGUGCUUCCUAGAUAAGGAAGGCGAUCAUGUGAAGUGCGUCAAACUAAAGGCUGCUCUCGAACCAGGGCAGAUGUAUUGGUGCAAGUCAUGCAUCCUCAUCUUUGAGAAGCCCUGGUCGCUCUUCCAACACAUGGCUGACAAGGCAAAGGGAGCCAAAGUUCAGCGUUGGGAGAAGAAGGUCCACCUUGACUGGAUCGACAGUGUCGCUGGUCUAAUGGCUGGCCACGACCUUGGCCUUUUUAGUCUAAUGAAAUUGCGCACUGAUCUUCGAAACCUCUUGGCUGAUCAGCACACAAUGGAGGAAGAGAUGGAAGCGGCUGCGGUGGCAGCUGCAGCAAUGGUUCAGUGGCUAGCGCCAAUCAGCAGCCCCUGGAGACUACACCAGCGGGAAAUGAUGCGUAAGAUAGAAAAUUUCCAUCGCCAGAUGCUACGUCGUGCAGGAGGGGCCGCAGCAAUCGCCAGAGCAGCUUUUGCUGGUGGUUCUAAUUGUUUUCCAUUUCUUCCACCGUCUCCAUCUGGUGUUUGUGGACGUUUCGGUACUCGAACUUUCCGUGGCGCGAUUCAGCAGCAGCAUCAGCAACAACCUUUCCUUGAAUCGGCUGGAGAUCAUCCUACUCCUACGCCUCCUAGUUUAGUCUUUCGGGACGUUGACGAAAAUGGACAGCCUGUGGACGAGGCAGUUGCGGAGGAAAGCACACAAGAGGAAGUUGAGAAUCCAGAUGCUAGUGUGGUUGAGGAGUCGGAGAAUAAUGAAGAGGUGGUGGCUAAAUCGGAGCUCCACGUUGCGGGCGCAUCAGGCGAUCAUCCAUCUGCACCCCCGCCUUAUCACGCAAAAAAUCAGCAAACGCAAGACAAUGCUGAAUCUGAAACCCCGUCAAUUUCUACUAAUAAACAGGCUAAUUCGAACAAUACUAAUAGCGCAGCUGCGCUUCCUUGCCCCCGUGGAGACAUCGGCAUCGGUGGAAGAGGAAGUCUUAGUGGAUUCGGUCGAGCCACUGGAAGAAGCUUUCGUGGUGGAAUAUCAUCGGCAAACCGUAACAAACCCCUUAACUCAGCACAUCGCCACUUCGACCGGCCUAGACUACGGUCAGUCUCACAGUCUCUUCGUCAAAUUACCUCACCAACGAGACUGGAUUUGAAUUGCGGCUUCACCGAUGAAGAGGUGGAAGAACUGCUAUGCCAGGGUAUAAAACCAUGGGACAGUGAGGCUUCAGCAGCUUUGGCUGUAUUGCAUGGUGAAAUGGACCAUCUUCUCAACUAA